AUGAUCUCAGGGGAUGAAAAAGAGGAAACGUUCAACCUCCCCGACACCGUCCAGGCAACUGGCGACAACACCUCAGCCUUGAGACGUCUCCAAGCGAAGAAGAAAGCUCGCUACGAUGCUCUCCUGGCUUCGAUCCGCGAGUCCAUGGCGAAGGUGGAGGAGAAAGCAGCAGGCGACGUGCGAACAUUCACACUCGCCUUCCAGGAGCAGGUUGCCGCCGGUCAAGGCACGUUGAAAAAGCUUUGGUCGCGGUUUAUGGACUCCGGAUUUCUUCCAACCGUCAAGUUCGAGGACAUCGACGAGGUCUGGGAGGAGAUUACCGCCACCAAAGAGGACAUUUUUAAAAAGAUCGACGUCUUAGAAACUCAACUGAACGAGGUGGAGGAGGUCCGGUCGAAGUCAUUUCAGAAAUUUUGGGCACCGUUGAAAGAAGACACAUAUCAGAGUUCGGUUGAGAAUCAGAACCUGCUGCAACUGGAGAUUCUGAAGAUGAACAAAUCAACCAUCAAGAAUCGCAAGGCUUUCCUCCUCCUCAAAAAUACCAUCAUGAAUGAGGUUCUUUGGCUCCAGCUCAACAUUCGUCGAGAUUUUGUGAAGCAGAAAGGACAGUGGCACAAUGUUCAUAUAAAAAAAGAAAUCGAUGCCUUCCGAAAAUACAUCCAGUCAGACUCGACGCGAUCGCCGAAGGAGUACGACGAGUACAUCGCAGAAUGCGAGUCUGCCCAGCGCGAGUACAUCAUUCAACGAGGCAAGAUCUUCGAGAAAAUAAAAAGCUUCUCCCCAGGAGAGCUUACAACAGAAAUGGUGCUCACGUGCUGCCACGAGCUUCAUGAAAAUGAACGAAAAUUGGAAAAACUCUAUCAAAAUACUGCGCAAAAGAUGCAAGACUGCUAUCAAGAUUGCGAAAGCUAUCUUGAGCAGAAUUUCCGUGAACUCAAGGAGAAGCUGGAAGUUCUCAAGGCGAGUCCUGAGGUUUUCAAAACAGUCGAUGAAGAGUUCUGUCCUGUUUUGUACAUAAUCAUCGAGGGUUUCGAAGAUCGUAUGGAACACCUGCGCGAGCACAUGUCCAACUUUUUAACCUCCAAAGAAGCUCAGUUUCAAACGAUUCAAGCGUUUCUGAGCGGCUUGGCGGAAGUACACGCACACCAUGUUGCGUCGAAUGAACACCGAAUGAGCCAGUUUGAGACGGAGUUCGACUGUAUGGCUUCCGAAUACGAGGUGCAGCAAGGAAGCUUCGACACAACUUACAACGAGCUUGUCAAAGCUGUUCGCGAGGAAACGACGGAAGCAAAUAUUCAGCGCCUAGUAAACGAAGCUAAACGACUCAAAGCCGACUUCAUCCCUAAUCUCAAAGGCUACAUACCUGAUCGAAACGGCGUACAGAGAGCCAGAACCUCACGAAAAGAAGAUGGAAAUCAUACAGCAGUACUUCAAAACUCAGAAAGCUGCAACGCCACAAAACGCGAAUCAAAAGCAAAAAAGAAAAAGAAGCAAAAGGAACCAAAACGCUCAAUUUACGGUCGACUCAAUCUCUACAAAACCAACGAGGCCGCGGUGGAGAAGUUCAAAAUCAAUAAAACGACGCCAAAAUUUUUGCUCGACGCAGCGAUCUCGAAGAAUUUCAUGAGCGAUCUCAUAACUUUUACGAAGAAAAAAUACUUGGAAAUUAUCAGCAGCACUCAGCACUCAGCGAAAUUGUCGGCAAAUGCGCGGGCAGCGAGGAGAAAGAUGAAAUCAGAAUUCGGUCUAAAGAAGAAAAUCGACGUUAUCGAGCCGAAGAUUCGAGAGCUGGAAGUAGAGAUCGCCCCUGAAAGACUUGCGAAGAUCACACAGCUAAAAGACGGACUGCAAGUUCAGCAGCGCAUGGCAUCGAGGACUCUCAACGAAAUGCGCGAGAAGAAAGAAGAAUGCACAACGGAGCUCAAUGAAGCUACCGAAGCAUUGCAUCUGAUUCCAGAGCAAGCAGAACCGAAAAUGCAAGCUGCAACAGAGACAUCUCAGCUCGUCGAGCUGUGUGAUCUCGCCGAGACUCAAUUCCAACAAGCAAAGAAUCAGGUUGAAACACUAGUCGACGAGUACUCGAAAUGGUCGCAGAAGAAAAUAGACAACGUGAAAGUCCAGCUGAGAAAUUACAUAAAGCCAAUGAUGCAAGAAAAGCUGCUCGACCAAAGCGAUAAAGAAGCGAUCAAGAAGAUGGAAAGUCUUGUUCACAAAGCAUGCUUUCUCUACAACAAGGAUCUCUCCGUUCUGCUUCCAGAAAAGAUCAAGGAAAUCGAAGAGUGCAGAAAACGCUUCCACGACGAAAAAUUUAUCCCGCACGAUAAUGAUCUGAGAUUCAUCCAUCAAAUUGACAGAGCUCUCAGCAACUCACAAAUUCAAAUUGCUUCUGAAACAUCAAAAGUUCGACAAUGGCUGAAUAACUUGGAAUCGACAGUGAAGACUUUCUGCGACCACGUUGAGAACUCUGAUCCUACUGCGAUACGCGUCGAUCCAACGACUGGAAAUCGAGUUACAGAAGUCCUCUUCAUCGUCAAUGAGCGAAACAGAACCAACGCUUUGCUUACUGAAGUCGUCACUCAUUUCAUGUGCUCCUUAUCUACUCUGGCGAAUGUCAAGCGUGACUUUUACUUCAACUGGUUAACGGCGAAAACGCAUCAGGAGUUUAUGAGCUUGAAAGCCGAGGAAGCAGAACUUAAGCUCGCAGCAAAGCGUGGUUCGUCCUCCAAUCUUCUCGGCGGCAUUCGAAAGAUGUCAUCGCUGAAUCUUGCCAAAACUCAAAGUCGAAAGUAUUCAACAAUGCCUGGAAUGGGAGGCGGCCCAAGAAGAAUCAUUCGUGAUCCAAAGAUCGAGGUCAAAGUCCAAAUUUUCGGCGAUUUCCGCCCACCAAAUGGUGAAGAUCUCCCAUCGCGAAUGACAAGACUGCUUUUCGACGCGACGAAUAGAAUUCUUACACUCGGCGACGCUUAUUACAAAAGCAGAGGUGCUCGACCGAUCACACGCCCUGAGCUCAUUCGGGAAAAUUUCGAAAGAACAUGCGAUUUCACUGUAAUAAAAGUCGUCGAUUUCGAGCGCAAGGCAAAAGAUUUCGUCCACAAGUGUUUCCUCCAAGUCAAAGAUAUGGUCGAUCGGUUUACUUUGACUGGCCGCCCUGUGUUGGAAAUGAUCUUCAGCGAGACCAAUAAAGCUAUUCAAAAUGAAAACGCAAAGGCUAUCAACGAUGUUCAAGAUCGCUACCAACAGCUAUUCGAUGCACUCAAAGACGCGGGUUUGGAGCACAACUCGAAAUUGAGGACUUCGCUCGGCUUGCCUGAAAACAAGGAAGAACUCGCAAACUUGGAAAAGAAUGAACGCGAUCGCCAUUUCAAGAUUCACAAGUACAAUAUCGAGCGGCAUACGGAGCUUAGAUCGAAGUUGACGGAGAUUGUCACCAGAGAUGCAACGAAAAUUUGUGCUCUAGCCGCAGAUCUUAUGCAGAAGGAAGAAAAAAUCAUUUCUGACAGGGAUCUUUUGGUUGUGUCUUACGAUGAAUACGACGAGCCUGUGAUCGACAGAACAUUCGCUGGGCGUCCUCCUGAAUGGCCAGAAGUUCCACGCGGAAGUCUCCCUCAAUUCAAAUGCAAGCCAAUCAAGACAUCAAAAGCUUCUGAAAGCAUGGAAGACAUCAUGAAAUUCCGCGACGAAGUCGUCCGAAGUAUCGAGAAGCGAUUCAGCGACUAUCAACAAGAAUUUGACGAUCAGAAGGCUCAGACCAUCUUUGAGGCUGAGCGCUGGAAGAAAUCCUGGGACUCAUCGAUCAAAACUAUCAAAGAGCUGUAUGAAGUCAACUGA